AUGGAAAAAUUUCUUAAUAUUAAGAGUACAACCAAGCGUUUAAAUGAAGACAACAAUAAAGAAGAAAAUAAACAAAUGGGAGCAGAGCAUACUGCGUUACUGUUUUAUUGUAAUUCUAGAUGGCUAUCAAAAGGAAACGUACUAAUACGAGUGUUCGAACUUAGACAAGAACUUUACACUUAUUUGAGUGAAGAAGGUCAUAAUGAUUUUAACAAGUUUAUUGAUAGUGAUUUUGUAAUUAAAUUAGCGAAACUAACCGAAGAAAACGGUAAAACCACGUGUUUUUCAUUUUUAAAAAGUUUUCUUGAAGAUAAUGAUCUUGAAUUACCAAUGAGCUCACUAAACAUAAUUUCUGAUCAUCUGAUGACUCUUAAAAAUCAUUUCGAGAAAUAUUUUCCAGAAGACAUCGUACAAUACAAUUGGAUUAAAGAUCCAUUUAGUGAAAACCCUUUACCAAAUUUCACAACUACUGAAGAAGAACAAUUUAUCGAUAUUUCAUCUGAUUCUUCGUUACGAAUGAAAUUUUCUUCAUUUUCACUUUUAGAAUUUUGGAGCAGCAUUAAAGAUGAAUAUUCUGAAAUAUCCAACAAAGCUUUGCGUGUACUACUACCAUUUGCGACAUCGUAUUUAUGCGAAGCAGGCUUUUCUGCAGUUGCUGUAUUGAAAUCAAAAUAUCGAUCAAAACUUAAUAUUGAAAAAGAAAUGCGUGUGGCUGUCACAACAUUGCUACCUAAUUUUGAAGAAUUAUUAAACAGAAAACAAGCACAUUGUUCACAUUAA